CUCUCAGACCAAAGAAAAAAGAGACAGCCAAGACACAGUCACCCCGUCCGACAUCAUCAACAAACAAAAACCCCACAAAGAGACGAACCAGCCAGCCAGCCAGCCAGCCACCAUCUUAACAGGCUGCUGAAAGAGACACACAGAGAGAAAAGAGGCUAAUGCUUAUUUUGAUCAACAGGUUGUUAAGGAGAUGGUGGACAAGCGUGACUGAGAGUCUACACCAGAAGCAAAAAAACCCAAAAAGACAGCAGAGCAAGAAGGACAGCCUGCAUAAGAUCUUUUACACGGAUCUACAACACACGUGAUCAAACUCGAAGCUGUUGCCCAGCUGUGACGCAUUCAGGAGCAACGACCCUGGACCAAGAGCAACUGAUGCUACGUGGAGUUUAAGACCUACUAAAACAAAAGUCAAAGACACAAUUUUUAAAGUUUAGUUCACCUAUCUGUGCGGAGUUACGUGGACCUGAUAAACAAAUGGAGGGAUAUUAGUUCGUGUCUGACAGCUAGUUUCUGCUUCCCAUUACUGUGUGGAGUACAGAGGCCGGGGGCCAACGUGUGCUGCUGGACGGACCGUUUGUGGCACGGGGUCAAAUCUACAGAGCUGAUGCCAAUGCCAGGAGCCAGCCAUGAUGUUUUUGUAGCCUAAUGAUUAGCAGAGAGAUGGUGAGGAAGAAGAAUCCCCCUAUCCGGAGUGUGGGAGGUGAGGAGGAGGAGGAGGAAGAAGAGAGGAGGAGGCCAGCGGGAGAAGAAGAAGAGGAGGGAGAGAAAGAGGGGAGAGUGGGAGCAGAGGCUGAGCGAAUAAACCGACCCUCGGAGCCAGAAUCCUCCGACCGGAUCAGAGGAGAUGAGGAGCAGGAGGAGGAGGAGGGAGAAAGUGAGUGCGUCUCCUCGUCCGUCUCUCCCUCAUCUGUCAGUGAUCGUUACAGUAAUGAGGAGAGAGGGGGGAGGAGAGGAGGAGGGGGGAGGGCCAAACAAGGAGGGGCAGCAAUGACUGACAGACCUGAGAGCCAGUCGGAGCCUGAGGAUGGGGAGAGGGGAGUAGAGGAAGGAGAAAGGAGUGAAAGAGACAGAGGGGAAGCAGAUCAUCAUAUUCCUGCAUUCCUCUCCGCUCCCCACCUCCACCUCCAACAGGAAGCAGGGGAGGAGCCAACAACUGACACCCCUCCACUUUCCUCCAGUCCCUCUCCUAAACUCCAGGACUUCAAGUGCAACGUGUGCGGUUACGGUUACUACGGCAAUGACCCCGCUGACCUGGUGAAGCACUUUAGGAAGUAUCACCUGGGUCUGCACAACCGCACACGGCAGGAUGCUGCCCUUGACACGCACAUCCUGGCCCUCCACAACAUGGCUCCCCAGCACACACCUCUAGACAUACAGGCAGGACAAGGACAGAGGAACCAAGCCAAAGAUUUGGGGAAAACAAGGCCAGAUGUACACAAUCAACAUCAUAGGACAGUUAUGAUGAAUGGCACGUAUGAUGUACAGGUAACGUUGGGCAGCACGCUAAUUGGGAUUGGCCGAAAGACCUCUGAUUGCCAGGGGAACACUAAGUACUUCCGCUGCAAAUUCUGCAACUUCACGUACAUGGGCAGCAAUUCCAUAGAACUUGAACAACACUUCCUGUCCUCACAUCCAAAUAAAGUUAAAACUCCACCAUCCACACCCCUGCUGACCACCAACAACCUGGCAAUGCACGACAACCAGGUGAAAGGGAGGAGUCCGAUUUUAGAUGGAGCGGAGCGGGUGGCAGUGAGAGCAGAAGACGAUUCCUUAGUCGGAUACUCCAUCCCGGUCAGGGCGUGUUCAGAUUCAUCAAGCUGGGCAGGGGAGCCGGGUCGAGGUGCUGUGCAGGCAUAUUAUUGGUGUAAAUUCUGUAGCUGGAGCUGUGAGUGGUCAGGGGGCUCAGCGAAGCUUUUAGAGCACUAUGAACAAAGACACAGAAUGAACACAGGAGGCACAGUGAGCCCUAACAACUCUGUGGUGAUGGAGAGGGGAGGGAGAAGAGAGGGAGGAGAGAGAGACCACCUGGCGUCCAAAAGCCGUAAAGAUCUAUCAUCCAACCCAUCCAGCACCAGCCAAGGAGACCCUAACAGCAACGAUUCAGAAGCGGUGGUGACCAGUUAUAACUGCCAGUUGUGCGACUUCCGCUACUCGAUGGCCCACAGUGCGGAUGUGAUUGUUGUAGCACCGUUACUGCUGCACUACCAGCACAACCACUCCAUCCACCGUUGCUGCAUUCAGCACUGCAUGUAUUGUCCACAAGGUCUCUGUCAGCCACAGAAGCACUUGGGGGAGGUUUCCCACCCCUUUGCUUGUCGGAAGCCCACCUGCCCAAAAUGCUCUUCCAAAUUUCCUCAGUUCACCAAACAGCAGGACCCCGUUGGUUCAAAACCUGCUACCACCACCUCGCCCUGCGUGACUCCUCCUAAUCCUAGAGGUGACCCAGGUGUGAUUUCUGGUUCCACACAUCACCCUUCUAACCCUACCCAUCCUAUUGUCACACAAGGUGUUACCCACUUGUGCGACCAGUGUGUAUUUGCCACCACUGACAUCGACAUAUUGCUGCAACACUACGAAAGUUGCCACACACUUAUCAGCCUAAAGGGGGUUCCCCCACAUGUCAAGGCUGAAGAAGAGGUUGGGGGAGACAAGGACGCUGGGAGAGGAGCAGGAGGAGAAAGAGAGUAUUCUUGUACAAAGUGUCACUUCAUCACAGAAGUAGAAGAAGAGAUUUUUAGACACUACAGGCGUGUCCAUGCGUGUUGCCGAUGUCGACGCUGUGACUUCACGGCUCCUGAUUCAUCAGCCCUCCUCGACCAUUUCAACUCCACUCACUGUCAUGACUCCGGGACCCCUUCAUUAACCCUCCCAGCCAAUGGCGGCUCAGCUCCCUCUACCUUAGCCAUUAAAGAAGAGAGCAAGGGUGAUCUUCGCCUCCUCUACUCCCUUGCACCACCUGAGGGGCGGUUGGCAGAAGGAGGCAGAGAAGAGACAGGGGGGGUGGUAAAAAGUGAGGGAGGCGAGGAGAAAGAAAGAGAGCGGGAGAAAGGCUGGGUUCUGGGGGAGACGAGAGGACUAGGGGAAAGAGGAGGUGAGCAGGCCCAUGGUUUGCUCUGGGUGCCCAAAGAGCGAAUGGGACCCGAAAGAGGCCCAGGAGGUGGAAGCCCUUCUAUUUUCCCCUCCCCAGUCCCAUUAUCUUUUGUUUCAGCCAAUAAUGAGUCCUCGCAGCAGAAAAGAGGUGUGGCUUCGCCAAGCAUGGUUUACCUGGGAGACACCAAGUCAUUUUUGGGAGAUACCAAGUCGUUUUUGGGAGAGGCCAAGCUGUACGGAGGUGGGAGGCCAGGAGGAGUCACUGCAGGUGGAGGGGGAGGGGAGAAGCAAAGCCAGAUGCCCCCUCAGCAGUACGGAGCAGGAGGAGGAGGAGGGAGUGGACAGGAGGGGAAAGGAGCAGCCGCUAAAGAGGAGUCCCAGUCCCUGCUACGGCGGCGCAGAGGUAGUGGAGUCUUCUGUGCGAACUGUUUGACCACCAAGACGUCACUGUGGAGGAAGAACGCUAAUGGAGGCUAUGUUUGCAACGCAUGUGGUUUAUACCAAAAACUGCAUUCGACACCCAGGCCUCUAAACAUCAUAAAGCAGAACAAUGGUGAACAAAUAAUACGACGUCGAACCCGUAAACGCCUCAACCCUGAUUCACUGUCAUCUGAAAACCCUGCCCCCAAGCAACAACGAAUCACCAGCGAGGAGCGGAUGAAUGGCGAGGAGUCGGACCGCAGCUGUGCUUCAAUCAAAACCCAGCAGCCGUCCCCACGCUCGCGCUCACCCCGAUCCACUCAAGCCUUCUUAGCCAAUCAAACAUUGGAGAUCCACAGACGCAUGCCUCCUCUUCUCCUCCCUUCACAUCCUACUUCCUCGGUAGUGCCAGAGGGCAAUGGGGGCAUCACUGAGGGAGGGAUAUCAUCAAAGGUAGAGGGAGGUAAAGGAGGAGGGGGAUCAGAAAGAGGCAGUCCAAUUGAAAAGUAUUUACGUCCCUCCAAGCCAUCGAGCUAUUCACCACCUGGUUCACCCAUCGAAAAAUAUCAGUAUCCUCUUUUCUCCUUACCCCUACCAUUAACCCUCUCACCUGAUUUAACCCCCGAGUCAGAUUGGCUCAGAUUCUGGACCAAGUAUAAGAUGGCAGCCAACUCUGGGGUUCCUGGUAGCAUCAGUAGUCUAAACAGCCCUGGUAACGCUCAUUAUCUUGGUGCAAUGGUGACUCCAGUACAGCAUCAUCAGCAAAGCUACACGGUGCCUUAUUGUGCCUCUCCUUACUCUCCUCUUCCACCCCCACCAGCUCCUCCUCACUAUCCUCCUCCACCUCUUCAGCCACAAACCUCCUCCUCAUCAUCAUCAUUAGACAAUGACGCUCCUUUGGAUCUUGCAAUAAGACAAAGAGAUACAAGUUCUGCAAAUGCGCACAUGUCAACGAAUGAUGCAGAGAGGAGAAGGCAGGAGUCGCCACUCACUGAAAGGUCGAGGGAGAGCUGGAAAGCAGAGAAAGAGGAUGAGGAGAGGUCAGAUGAAGGAGGGAACCAGAGAGAUGAGAUGAGAAAGGAAGAUAAGGAUCAUUUGACCAAAAUUCAGUCAAGUGUUUCAUCGAAUCACACAACAGCGGAAGUGGCCACGCAGGAUGACCUGACCAAUCGCUGCAUCCACUGUGGAAUCUACUUCCUAGAUGAGGUCAUGUAUGCCCUGCAUAUGAGUUGCCAUGCUGACCAGGGACCAUACCAGUGCAGUUUCUGCCUCCACAUGUGUGCGGAUCGCUACGAUUUUACCACACACAUACAGAGGGGCUUACACAGGUACACAGAUAAGACAUCGCAACAGAAGGUUCACACGCAGGAUGGCAAAAUUCAAGGUGUCCCAGUGAUGUCAGAGCAUGAUUGUCAAAGUGGGACCGUAGUGGAAAAUGAGGGAGGAGAUCAUAAUGAGAUCACAAGUGAAGGUGAUAAGAUAAGAGUCUCUCAUGAUGAUCAAGCAGAAAAAACUGUAGGCAGUGAUGCCAAUGGUAACAAAACAGGAGCUGAAAAGGACGUAAGAGCAGAGAGUCAUGACAUAACAGACCAGGAAUUAGGAGGCAAAGUGGUGUUAGAUCACAGUGAUGGCCUCACAAAAACCAUUGAGGUCACAACUGCUGAGUCUAAAAGCUUAGAUGAGAACACAGAAAGUCAUUAAUCCGAUGCCUUUGACUCAAACAAAUCCGUAAGAAAGUGUUUCAUUGGGUGAAUAAGCUGUUUGCCUCCAUUUUUCUGGAGGUUAGCUCAUGUCAAAAAUGGGCCUAUCCUGGGCACUAAUGGAACACAUCCUUAUGCUGGAAGCGCUUUGGCUGUCAAACGGUCAAAAAUCAUUGCAGGAUCCCGCUGAACUGCUGCAGGGACAGUUUGGGGAAAUAGCCCGAAUCCUGUGUUGAGUGACUGUCACUUGAUAACUCUGUGGCAAGUAUUCAACAACAGAGUCUGGGCAUGCAGCUGAAAUCACCUUUAAUAAACAGCCACUUCAUGUGCUUUUCCAAUAAAAGGACUGGAAACACAACAGAAAGUUGGACUGGGUCUUAUUUUGGAUGAGAUAGAGGAGCUCAGCACUUGCACAGCCACCAUACAGCAGAGCAAAAAAAUAAGAAAUGCCAGAAGUGAAACACAUAAUCUGAACUGAACUGAGCUGUUCUGUUUUGCACCAUGUUAAACUGAAGCCCAAGCUUGACCAGGCUAGUCUGAUGCAUCAUUCAGACUGGUUUCUCUUGGUACGACCACAUCUGAUCUAGUUAGAACUGCUUUGUUCUGGUUCAGGGGAGGUUUCUGACUGUUUUUCCGCUGUGCCAAUGGAUUUGAAACCAAAACUUACUUUGACUGUUUAAAACUGGUCAGAAUUAAACCAGUUUGUCAUGGGCUGCAGUUCAGCUGGUGUUAACCUUGGUACAGAAAGAUUGGUUGGUUUCUUUCACUUGUGCCCUUUGUUAUUGAAAUGAACAUGUUCUUGAGUCAGUGGAAAAUCACCAUAGCUGCAAAGUGGCCCAGAACAGGAGACUGCUUUGGUUUGACUUGACAGUGACAUUUUGAACUGCUUAAAGCCAGUUUUAACUGGUACAUCCGGCGUAAUACCGGACCAGAGUGUUCUCUUCGUUGAUUUGGAUUGAACUAAGUGACAUUACUUUUUACCUUCCUUCGUGCCAUGAUACUAGCUAUGUGCCUGGCUGCCUGCCUAAUAGAACAACCAUCUAUUAACCUGCUUAACAUUUAUAUUAAUAAUAAUAAUAAUAAUGAUGGUGAUGUUAUAGUACAAAACAUGC